AUGAAUAUGAGUGCUACCCGAUCUCAACAUACAGCAUCAGUUUUAUCAGACGGAACAGUUCUAGUUACUGGUGGACAGAAUGGUAGUGUUAGCCUGAACACUGCUGAAUGGUAUGAUCCAUCAACAGGUACUUGGGCAACAACAGGAAAUAUGAAAGCUGCACGAUGUUGUCAUACAGCAUCAGUUUUAUCCAAUGGAAAAGUUUUAGUUACUGGUGGAGCACAUAAUGAUGUUCCUCUAAACAGUGUUGAAUUGUAUGAUCCAUUAACAGGUAAUUGGACAACAAUUGGAAAUAUGAGUGUUGCACGAUCUCAACAUACAGCAUCGGUUUUAUCAAAUGGAACAGUCUUAGUUACUGGUGGACAGAAUGGUAGUGUUACCGUGGACAGUGCUGAAUUGUAUGAUCCAUCAGCAGGUAAUUGGUCAACAGCAGGAUAUAUGAAGGCUGCACGAUAUUGUCAUACAGCAUCAAUUUUAGCAAAUAGAACGGUAUUCCUUACUGGUGGACAGAAUAGUGCUGCCCUGAACAGUGCUGAAUUGUAUUGA